AUGGCGGGAGACUUGGUAAAAGCACAGACUGUCUUGCUUCUUCACGGACCACGACAAGCUUAUCAGAUAGCCAACGACUAUGAGAUUCCUCGGUUGAUUGAGGAUGACGAAACAUUAAUCAGGACACACACGAUAGGGUUGAACCCGAUAGACUGGAAAUCGCCAGACUUUAACUUUGGCAUCGCAACACUGCCUUAUAUCGCUGGUCGGGAGCUCGCUGGACGAAUCACAACUACUCCUCGUAGGAACUCUCGUCUAAAAGAAGGCGACCGAGUAUUAGCCAUCUCAACCGACUACCGCGACCUCCGGAAAGCUGCUUACCAAGAAUACGUCGUCUCAUCAGAUUUCAAUGUUGCAAGGAUACCUCCGUCCAUCUCGUUUCAGCAGGCUGCUGGUUUGGGUGUCGCCUUUUCCGCUGCUGCGAUUACACUAGGAAUAUGCAUGGGAGUUGACUUUUCCUCUAUACUCGACGGCCCAGACCUGAUUCAGCUCAUGCGCUCUGUUCCCCCAGAGAGCAUACCAGAGGAUGUAAGAGCGGAGUGCCUACAUGGCAUCCCUGAUGAUGAGAGGGCGGUUCCAGGAGACUGGGUGACUAUCUGGGGAGGAUCAUCCACAUCAGCCAACAUUACCGUCCAGCUCGCACGCCUAGCUGGCAUCAAAGUCAUCACCAUCGUCGACACCGCCAAACACGGCCUCCGCAUCUCCGGGUGCUCUGCACAGAGACCCGACCUCCUCAUCGACAGCCACGACACCAACCGGGCCGUCGACAUUAUCAACUCAAGCGUCGGCAGCCAGCUUCGCUUUGCGCUCGACACGCGCGGACGAGAAUCAGCCACAAUCCUGCUCGACGCUCUCACCCGCCAGAAGAAGCUCGCCGAUGCGCCGCCGUCGCCUCCGGACACGCCUCGAGAGUCCAAGCGGCAGACGUCGCAUCUCGUGGGGCUGACAGGGCUGCCGAAAGAGGCUGCUCCGGAGGGAAUUGCCUAUCACACCGUCCCGAUCAAGAUCUUUCAUUCACUUCCUUCAGUUGGUGAAGCGCUCGUUCUGUGGCUGGAACGGUUGUUAGAGCAGGGCCUGAUCCAGCCGCCUCCCAUAAUAGGCAUAGAGAGUGGCUUCGAUGGCGUCAACAAAGGUCUAGAUAGGAUGAGGGCGGGUGAAAUCAGCGGAGGAAGAUUAGUCGUUGAUUUAUUACCUUAG